CCCACCGGAGUGGGAGCUCACUCACUCACUCACUCACUCCGCUGUGAAUUAAUUCCACUACCACUCGUAAAAGUAAACAAAUGUAAUUCUCUCCGCCCACACUCUGAACGUGAAUAAAUUAGUAAAGUUUAAAAGAAAUUGUGAUCUCCUUCGGCACAUGAGGCUACAACAUCCCGGAUCCAGCCUGAUUGAAAACUCAACGAUUAGGCCGAAAAACUCGUACGAAAAUUUCGAAGUAGGGACUACUGGUGGUGAAUUGGUUGCGACGUGCAUAACUUGCAGAUUCGUGGCGAGUAAUCAGCUGCCGAUGCAAAAUCAUACAAGGAGAGGACACGUCGCCAUUCCCACACACGUUUACGCAGAAGGUGAUGGUUGCAAAAUUGUUCCGAGAGCAUUUAAACCUGAAGAUUAUUAUGAGAGUAAUGGCGGAUUACACAAUAUAAUACUCAAAGUUUGGAUGAAGGACAACACGAUCGGUCUGAGUAUAAGUAAAACUACUUAUGGAAACGGGGUUCUUGCCGCCCAGAAAAACAAGUCUGAAAUGAAGAGUGCCGGGUGUCACACCACCACCAUGCUGAAGAAGGCUUGCUCGUCGAGGGUCCUCCUCCCAGAAGGAUAUGAGGUUAUUUGUGAGGAAACAAGAGUCGUCCCCAUCCACCCUUUUCAAGGAACUUUGUGCAGUUCGAACGGGAAGUGGACAGUUCGCAACAUUCUUCAAAAAGUGUGCGUGGACACGUUUAUGCCCCCAGAAGCUCUCACGUAUUUUGAAGAAGAUGAACUCGCCAUCAUCAUCAAAGCAGUGGAAGAGUUGAAGAACUCUUUGGUUAUUGGGGACCGUGAACUAGUCUUUAUAGACGAAGCAGAAGAAGGCGAUCGACCACUGGGCGACCCCAUUCUCAGGGCAAAAAUUGAAGAAGGGACUUCCAAAAUUUGCAAAUUGGAGGAAGAGCUGCAUCAGGCCUCGCUUCGUGAAGAAAAGUUGCUCAAGGAGUUGGAGGAUGAGAAAAAAGCUCACAAUGAGACAAAAAAAAUGUUGGUGGCGAUGAAGCGAGAACGAGCUUUGUUGCUGCGUGCAAAUUCUGAAAAGAGGAAUGAGAACCGUGUUCCCCUCUCAAACGCCACCAACUCACCGGUGAAGAGGAAGAAAUGACAUAAUCUUUCUUGAAAUUAUCAUUUUUUUGUUGUGUUCAAUCAUUAGACAUAAAUA